AUGGAAAUUGAUUUCAAGUCCCUUGCUACAGUCGAAGGAGCAGAGAAUUAUCAAGAAGCGGCCAUAAUUCUCGAAGGUCCUCCGAUUGAGAUAUUUGCCCAACGAGCUGCUCCUACCAUAGUACUGAAACCGCUGCGACAAACUCGGGGAAAGUUUUAUUAUGAGUGCAAAACAAAUACAGGAGGAUAUAUGCAGCUGGGCUGGGCAGAUGAAAGCUUUAGAGCCAUCGCCGAUGAAGGAAAGGGUUGCGGUGAUGAUGAACAUUCGUGGGCAUACGAUGGCAUGAGACGAUUAAAAUGGCACAAGAAUCACAAAGAGCAAUAUGGUCGUAAAUGGAAAGCUGGUGAUGUAAUUUGCGUCGCCGUUGACUUGGAAAAAGGAGAGGUUAUUUUUGGCUUAAACGGUGAUUGGGAAGGAGAUAUGGGGCCCGCUUUCUCUGGAGUCUCAUUGGACGGUGGUGUUUACCCAUGCUUGUCCCUCAUGAGAGGUGAAAGGGUCCAAAUCAACCUAGGCACUAAAACAAACCCCUUUGUUUAUCCCCCUCCAGAUGGGUUCCUUCCUCUGACAGUCACUCAACCAGCGGAGACAGCUGAGUCUGAAUACAAUCGAUUCUCUAGCUUUGCGCACGUGAUUCCGAUGGGCGUGUCAGAAAACAGCUUCACCUUGUCCUUUCCAGGUGAAAUAAUGGUGACAAUGAUGAGAAGGGGGCUCGAAUACGAAGGCAAAAAGAAUGCCCUCAUUCACGCUGGCUAUGAGGAAACUUUGAAGAAAUGGGAAGAAAAGAAGGAGUUGAUUCAAGCUGAAUUAGGCCGUGCUGGUUUAACAAAUGACGAAAUCUUCGCGAUCAUUUGUUACACGCUUGAAAAGCCACCAGUGUAUCGCCAUUUCAAUGGUGACACUAGGAAAGGAUACACAGGGGACGGAAUGGAUUUUCCAAUUUUAUCUUACCUUCUUCGUGAAGCCUGCAGAAAAAUUCUUGCAGCCACGCCCAAGGAGAACCGUACAAGAAUCGUUUACAGAGGUGUAUCUCUAAACUUCAGCGCAGAGCCUGGUAAAAUAGUGAGGUUUGGCUCCUACACUUCCACAACAGGCAACAUUACCGUAGCAGAAAAUUUUCAGAAAAAUUCCAACGGGACUCAGUUCGUUAUUGUCACAAAAAUUGGCGCUUCAAUUAAAAUGUUGUCAGCUUUUCCCGAGGAAGACGAGAUCCUAAUUCCACCAUAUGAAGUAUUUAAAGUUCACAGAACGGAGGAAAACCCCUCUAGAAUUUACUUAGCGAGUUGUUUUGACGAUUCGUUUGUGGACAGGUAUACCGCUGACGGUAAUGCAGUUAAUGAGGCAGUUGCAUUAGUAAAAAAGUUGACGGAAUAAACAAUGAAUUUUAAGUCUCAAGACCUUCAUCAUCUAAUUAACCUACAGUUUUGAGUAACGCUUUGUGUAACGUUUUCCGCACUUGUUCAAGUUGCCCUUGAUUAAGGGGUUUAAGGCCUGGGUCAAAGGUGUGUUCAGAGCAUAUGAAAAACUAUUGACGAACACUUACCGAAACCAUUUUUCAAGGUCAUACGAAUAUCGCUCUAAUUCGUACGUUUAGGUGCAGGUGUGCCAUUUACAUUCGUUCAUACCUAUCCAUUGCUCCAAUCUUCCCAUCAUCUAUAGCACCUAACAAUCAUCCGCGUUGCGAGCGCUUCAGAACAAGUCGAUCUUAAUUUUUCUACACUAUACUACACGGGUGCUGACAAAUUUUUGUCAAGUACAAAAAGCUUGGCUCCACCAACAUCUGCGUGGUCAUUACCCUAAUAGUUAAACCAAACGCCUAUAAACCGGAGCAGGUAACUCCUCUCUUUACAGACCAGUUUUAGUUUAGCCUCAGUUUUCGGGCGAAAAUUGAAGCUGAGGUCCGUAUGUCGGAUCUAGGAUAAAUACUGACCGAUUUCCUAAAGAGCACCGAAGGCACAAGCUUCUAGUGGGGUCCGGGGGCAUGCCCCCAUGGGAAAUUUUUCGCUUUUAACUUCCCAGAGUCCCCUUUCCUGGGUUUCUGAGUCAUUCAGACAGGAUAUUGACCAGUUCCUUCUCCUCGGAUGAAGCCUUGCAACUUGGAAAGUUUUCUCUUAAAUGUAUCUAUUAUGAAAAAUCUAACCGAUUUCCGUAAAACGGUGGAAACCGGUGUUGAUCCGCGGCUGUGCGCAUUCGUAGUGCAAAAAAAAUUUUUUUUUUUAAAAAAAACUAAUGUCAUUAAAACGUCAAAAUUUUAUCCUCCGUUAUUUUUACUGACUGGUUUGUGGGAACUUAUGCGAUAGUCUAACGUACGGUGGAGCAAAAUCGACUGUAACAAGGGUCAAUAGUCGUGAGAAUAAACUUGUCUGUCAAACGCCUUGUCUACUCACAGAAGAGGUGUUUGCUCCCGAUAUGCCAUUAUGGGCUUUCUUUCCCUGCAAUACCCUGUAAAAUGUUGGGUUUUUAUAAAUCCGUAACAUAUAAACCCAAGACUGAUGGUAUGUAUAAAUCAGUGUUAUAACUUUGCACUCACACCUAAUACUAGCAGCUGUAGAGAGCUGUCUUGUUCUAAACUUUUGGGUUUUUCUUGGCAACUGUGCUGUGCGUGAGUAUUGUUCAGUAUUUUCAAUCUUUUUUCCUCUGCGUCAUUUACAGAUGGUAAUUACAUCCGGAACAUUGGAAAACCAUAUUUUACAUCUUGUCUUUGUAAGGUAUUUGUAUUAUUGUCUUUACCCUGGCUCCAGAGGUCCGUUCUCGAAAUACUUGGGAAGAAAUAACCCGUGGGCACCUUUGAACUAAGCUCCACUGAACUAUCAGAAAUUAGUAAAGAAAAAAAAUCUGACUCUCCUGUUCGUAUCCUCUCCCAGGCGGCUGCCCGUUGACCAAAAAGCCUGAGGAGGCUGGUACGACAAAGCUGCACCCUGGUAUCAUACAAAGAAAUUGAAGUCGUUUUUUUCAAAUUGAUCGGAAAAAAGAAUGAUUUCCAUCUUUCAUGGUUAAAGAGCAAUGAAUUUUUUUAUCUAUAAUUACGCUAAUAUAAAAAUGUGUUACGAAGCGGAAGGACGUGAAUGUAAAACUUUACAAAAAGCGCUCAUAUGUGACCAUUUGUGAUAUUAUGAUUCAUGGCUGGAGAAUGAAUCAGAAAGUAAAAAGAAAAUCUUAACAUCACGGAAUUGCCUUUGACAAUGUUAUUUAUCAGAUCAGAUGUGAUACGAAAAAAUUCAAAUCGAUUAACCGUUUCUAAAGUCUAUAUAGAAAUAGUAAAUUAUCGCAAUAACCAAAUAUUUUUCUGGUUAAUGCAAUGACAAACGUGUGUAUAUUGGUCUAUACCGAACGAAUUCGUCAAAUUUGCCGACGUGUUUCCGAACACCUCUCCGUCGGGUCACGAGAUCCGAGUCCAGUUUGCCACGUCGUCCUCUGAUACAUGACGUCAUGAGGUGCAGCAAUUGCUUCCAUCCCCCUCUAAGGAUUAUUGUUAGCACCACGCCAAGCUGAGCUCAGUGGCUCGCUUCCUCUUUUAACGAAAAAGCAAAUUAUUUGCCGGUAUUUGUACAUUAUUUCAUUUAGAAUUUAGCUUGACAGUGAGCUAAAUCUGCGAGCAGUUUAACUGGGAGCGAGACAGCCUAACAUGUCCACUAUGAAUCCCGAAUAGUAGGUUGAGAUUAUGGUGUCCUCGAUUUUUUCCCUCUGGCAGGGUUUCGAGUUAAACCGGGAUGAUUCUACGUGUCAUUUGGAAUUUCGCUUUUACGGAACGCUUUUCUUUUUCUGUUUUAUUUACAGUGAUUACCUUUUCAAGCUUCUACUUAUCGGAGACUCUGGUGUUGGAAAAUCAUGCUUGUUACUUCGGUUCGCGGUUGGUAUCUUUGUAUUUUCCUGUUCUUUUGACGAGUAUUGCCUAAUAUGUUGGUUGGAUUUCGAUCGAGGAUGAGAUGUCUGACCGGUAACCGGUUCUCAUUUUAUUUAAGUCAGUGUUAACCGUCGCUAUUUUCUCCAUCAUUUUAGGACGACACUUAUACAGAGAGCUACAUCAGUACAAUCGGAGUGGACUUUGUAAGUUGGUUUAAAAUAGGCUUACCUUUCCGUUUUUGCUUUUUGGACUAGCCUCCUAGCUUGCGUAGGUCGGUCGCAAAGAAGGCUACAUUAUGUUAAUUUUAAGUUGAUUUUCUUGUUUUUUCCCUGUUAGAAAAUACGAACCAUAGAAUUGGACGGCAAGACAAUAAAGCUACAAAUUGUAAGUACCCAUAAUGUCGCUAAUGUGUGAACAAUUGUAAAGUUUGCAGAAUUGCAAGGUCAAAUUGAUCACAAAAGCAUCAAAGUCACCAAUUACGUUGUUGGAUCACAAUGUUACUUUGCUCCGGUGUAAAUUACGAUUUUUUAUUAUUUUGAAUUGAUGGUCAUUGGCUUUGUUUUAUUACAGUGGGACACGGCAGGCCAAGAAAGGUUCCGAACAAUUACAUCAAGCUACUAUCGCGGAGCUCAUGGAAUUAUAGUAGUUUACGAUGUUACGGACCAGGUAUAAAUUAGAUAUUUCUGACUUCACUUAUGCCAUAAUAUAUUUGUUAUUGAAGUUUGGAAGUCGUAACAACAGUUAUUGUGUUUAGUACUUCCUAUAACUGCACUUUCUGCAGUCACGUUUCGUAGAACGGUUCCUGAACUUUGGUUUGCCUGCAAAUACAUCCCUUCUGACCGUUUUAGAUAAAAAUAAUUUUUUGUUGUGGAACGAAUCAGUUCAUAAUGUAGAGACAUAAUCGAUGCAGUCCCGUCACGUUUAUCCAUGUGGACCAAAGUUCAGGAUUAAGGAAAUCCAUCAUAAGGGGUCAGAGUCCCUCCUACUUUUCAUUUGGCUGUCUCAUUUUAUAGUUACUUCAUUCACUGGAUUGCUCAAAAAAUGCCAGAAUAUUUUAAUUUCCACUGUUUUGUUAUGUCAUCAAAUUAAUGUUAACCCUUCACCCACCUGGAGUGAUUAGUUUUGUACAUCAGGCCACUUCAUGCAAAUGUCAAGAAGCAGUGCAUUAAUGUAGAAGAAGUGACCUAAGAUAAUGGCCAUUUUUUACAAAGCUUGACUGCUAAUAUGAUAAAGAGUAAAUUAAACCUUCUGUUUUCACCCAAAAUAAAAAAGAAGAUACAAAGGUGUUUUAAGUUGCAGUAGAUCUUAGCUAGGAUUUCAAGUCUAAAAAAUUUGAAGCCAGGACUACAAUCUUGGACACAAUAAUAGUUGAUGGCGCAAACCCCUUUCCCCUGAAAUUAAUGGUGAUGGUUUGCAAAGGCCAAAAUGUGAUUUUUUUCCAACUUAUUUUGUCCAAGGUAUGUGGCUUACACGGUAAAGAAAUUUAACUUUAAUAGUGUUUGCUCAGUGGAGGGGUCAUUUUCCAGGACCUUACAGAGUCUACUGCAGAAGAUUAAUGAAAUAAACUUAAUGAUUUGCAUUCCUUUUUCACAGCCUCUCUUGUUUUCUUAUUAGCUGUAACAAUGGCGUGUUCCCAUUCCAAGCGGUUUCCAUUUUUGACAAAAAGUAUCAAACAUAUGAAUAUUUAAGUUGUUGUUGGAUGUCUUUGUUGCAGGAGUCCUUUAACAAUGUCAAGCAGUGGUUACAAGAAAUUGACCGGUAUGCAUGUGAGAAUGUUAAUAAACUACUCGUUGGGAACAAGUGUGAUCUUACAACAAAGAAAGUAGUGGAUUUUACAACAGCAAAGGUAUUUAUUCAGAAUAGAAAAAAAAAUUAUUGUUUUAAUUUUAACAAUGUGUGGUUGGCAAAGUUGGGGCAUUCACAGUUGUUUUUUUUAAUUAUUGACAUUUACAGUUAAGUUUUGGGGUACUGUUUUGUUUUAGUAGUUUUGAAGCACUGUUUAUUCCUGGAAAUUUUCUCAGAGAAAAUUUUUUGAAGAAAGAACAAUUUUUUUUGCAGAAGGAAAAUAAUUGGAGUUCUUGUUUAGUUACCUUAACACUUUUAAAUAAAGGAGAAGACAACAACAGAAGUGUAAAAGUGAUGUGCACUGCAUUCCCAAAUAUCCUCCUCUUUCACCUCAUAUGAAGCAAAAAAUAUGUGGAAUUAUCAACUGAGUUGAUAACCGUCCACUUUAAAACGAUUCAGAAGCUGAUGUUUUGAGCACCAACCUGCUGUCAGAGUGAAUUGUUUUACUGUCUGAAGCAGCACCAUGGUUAAUCUUAAGAAGGCAACCCCUCCCUUUCAUUUUGAACCCACUGCAGUUUCUUUAUUUCUGCCUUUCCUAAGAAAUUAUAUGCUUUUCCCUGGCUUUAGGAAUAUGCAGACUCACUGGGAAUUCCAUUUUUGGAAACAAGUGCAAAGAAUGCCACAAAUGUGGAGCAAGCUUUUAUGACAAUGGCUGCAGAAAUAAAGAAUCGCAUGGGACCCGCACCAGCCCAGCCCGGAACUAGUAAUGUCAAAAUCAAUUCUAGUACGCCAGUAAAGCAAGGAGGUGGAGGAUGCUGUUAGUAGCAAAUUAAAGACAUUGGACUACAAACCGUUUGGUUUGAGUUACUUAACACACGUACCGAAAAUGAUAAUGGGCGCCUAUUUUAUGCAUCUUUCCUCACUUUGAAUACAACACAGACUUUUUCUUGGAAAGAGGUAUAAAUAGAAUUGAAAAUGAUUGAGGUAUUGAUGACUGUUGUUCCCCUUACCUUGACCAACUGAUGCAGCAUAUUUAGAUGAAAAAUUAUAGAGCUUUCCUUCUCUUACUAUUUUCUUCAAUAACAUCCAUUUCUCCCCUUUUAAAUAAAUGUAGAGACUGGAUUUUUGAACAAACUCAAGUAAACUGGUACAAAAAUAUUGCAUGGUAAUGAAAACACUGACGGUUUAGAGUGUACAAUAGAGUGUACUGUAUUCCAAAGACAUAAAAAUAAAAAUAUUGUUUAAUUGAGAGUCUGUUGAUUAAAAUCACACCUUGCAUCUUAAUUCAUUUGUAUUUAUAUUAUGGAAUUGAACUGCUUGUAGCUGUUGAAAAUCUGUGGGAGAUUAUUCAGACAUAGCAUGAUUAGAGACCAGAGGUUGUUGUUUUGUUAUGGAAAAGGCAUAGUUUUAUACACCAUGUAAGAAUUUCUCUAGACGUUAAAGUUAAGUUCCAUUCAGUCAAUUUGUAAUGUUAUUAACCACUCUCUUGUAAAGUGUCUUGAGUCCCAGCUAAGCAAACAUUUUCACCCUGCAACUUCUUGUUGGAGGAAGUUUUGCCAUCAGGCAGUGUCUCUUCCUUGUGUGGUUGAGAUGGGACAUUUUUAACAAACAUGAGAAACAGAUUUUCAAGAACCUCUUCCAACUAUGUUUGCGCCUAGAAUGUUUUAAUACACCCCUGCUUGUUAUUUUGGCAUUUCAGGGGAUACACCUUCAAAGACUACAUGUGAGUGCACAUAGUUUGAUUUGUGCCCAAGUCAUUGUCAUUAUUCAUUACUUGUGUCACAAAGAUGAAAAUGUCUUACAUUUUUAGCUGAGGCUCAAGACUAAAAUUUAAAGACAAAACCAUGCUAUUAAAUUACAGCUUGGCUUUAAAGCAUUUACCUUCUUGGGGAUGAACCAUUUUGAGAAAAUUUCCAUUACUCUUUUGGUAGGUGGGUUUUUUGCACUAUUUUUAUGUUAUAAAAAUUAACCUUUGAAUUUUCUGGUAAUAUCAUAUUAAGUAUUUUAAAAUUAGGGAUCCACAACCCUGGAGAACACUGCAUUACAAUUUCAACAUUGGUAUAUAGUUUCACACAUCUUGCUAAAAGAAGUUUUGAAAAACUAUUCCUUUUAACUAUGUGCUUAAUGAUGUACUUGUUCUGAAAGUCUGCCUUUUUAUCAUUUCUCUUUUGGUUGUCCAAAUAGAGGUGAUAAAUUGUUAAAUUGGCACAGGUAUCCAGAGCUGCAAGUAAGAAGUCGACAUCAGACUAUGUCAGAGUAAAUUUGCCUGUGUCUGAAUAUUACUGCUGCUGUAUGUAAUGACAAGACAAAACAGAUUUUAAGUCUUUCUUAAAUUUAGCUGAAGAGUUGCUUAGGAAUUAAAGAAAUUACCAGUCAUCAAAAUGUAUGUGAAACAACUUUCUUGGUUUGUCUAAAAUCAUGUCUCCUUCUGAUUUACAUCCUUUGUAAAAAGAAAAGUUAUUUUGCAGGCCAGGGUAUUGGAAAUGUGGGAUGGUAUGUUAAAUAGAUAUUGUCAGGGUUUUAGCCACAAAGUUCUGACAGGGCACCCACCUUAACUCUGUAGCCAGCAAGUCUAAAAGCAUGGAGUAAAAAUAUUUUUCUCUAAUAACUGCACCCACUGGCCACUCAGAUGCCCUUCUCAUGAAAUCCUUAUUAAUUUUUGUUGUUGCUAUUUGUUUAUCCCUAUAAAACAAAGCGACUGUGACUCUCCUUUACAAUAAUCAGAAAAAAGCUUUGAUAUGUGUGAAACCCAAACUGACUGAGACAGCCGGACAUCAUUUUAUUUACACUAAAGUGGAUAGUUUAAAUUCAUACAAUUAUGUAAUUUUGCAAGCAAAAUAUUCUCAUUUUGUUGUAAUCAUAGUUAUCUUCAAUAAAAUGUGUGACUAUAAUACUAUUGUUGCCUUAACAAGAUUAAGUGUCUCAAACUUAAAAUCCUUUAAAAUUUACAUUUUUAUUGAUAGUGGUGAAACGAAGAUGUAAAUAAAAUAAAAAGAUAAAAAUAACAAAUAUCUAUUAUUAUUGAGUGUGAAAGGCGUUUGAAAUAUUAUUGUAGAUCUAUGAAACCUGGAUGUAGGGAAUUUACAUGUACGCUAAAACAUAGGCAGGAAUCAAAAUUUUUGUUUUUAAUUCAGUAAUAACAUUUUUGUCAACCUCAUCGUUUGUAAUACUGUAUUUACUCGAUUAGAUGCCGCCCUCGAUUUAUGCUGCUGAUCAAUGUAAAAUAAUCACUAACAAAUGCCGCCCUUGAAUACAUGCCCCUCCCAAUAAUUAUUAGAAAAAUGCAUCAU